AGAAAAUAAGAUCUUGCAUACAUUAUCAACGCGCAUUUGAAUGAAAUAACUUUUUUAGAAAGGAUCCUUUAAUUUUUUCUAAGCACUCUUCUUCUCUCGUUCUUGGCCUUCUCUGCUGCUACUUCAGAUCUCGCAGCGCAACACUAACACUCCAAUUCCCCUCCGAUUCAUCCCCGCUCACCAUGGCCGCGAACGCCCCCAUCAUCAUGCGCGAAGCCUUAACGUUGGCAAGUGUCGGAAUCAACCCGCAAUUCAUCACUUUCACGCACGUCACCAUGGAAUCGGACAAGUACAUUUGCGUCAGGGAAACCGCGCCGCAGAACAGCGUCGUCAUGAUCGACAUGACCAUGCCAAUGCAGCCUCUCCGGCGCCCUAUCACCGCCGAUUCCGCGCUCAUGAACCCUAACACCAGAAUUCUCGCGCUUAAAGCUCAUGUUCCAGGCAGUACUCAGGAUCAUUUGCAAGUUUUUAACAUUGAAUCCAAAGCGAAGAUGAAAUCGUAUCAAAUGGGCCAACAGGUUGUGUUUUGGAAGUGGAUAACCCCAAAGACACUAGGCAUAGUGACUCAGUCAUCUGUGUAUCAUUGGUCAAUUGAAGGUGAUGGUGAGCCAGUGAAGGUGUUUGACCGAACAGCUAAUUUGGCGAAUAAUCAGAUUAUCAACUAUCGUUGUGAUCCUACUGAAAAGUGGUUGGUUUUGAUUGGAAUUGCCCCCGGUUCUUCUGAUAGACCACAACUUGUAAAAGGAAAUAUGCAACUCUUCUCUGUGGAUCAGCAGAGGAGCCAGGCUCUUGAAGCACAUGCUGCCUCAUUUGCCACAUUUAGGGUUGCUGGUAAUGAUAAGGAUUCAACUCUUAUUUGUUUUGCAUCAAAGAGCAUCAAUGCUGGACAGGUUACGUCAAAGAUGCAUGCCAUUGAACUUGGUGCCCAGCCAGGCAAGCCAUCAUUUUCAAAAAAGCAAGCAGAUCUCUUCUUCCCUCCAGACUUUGCUGAUGACUUUCCUGUAUCAAUGCAGAUUUCAAAUAAGUAUGGCUUGAUAUAUGUUAUCACAAAACUUGGGCUUUUAUUUGUCUAUGAUCUAGAGACUGCCACUGCAGUUUACAGAAAUCGAAUCAGUCCCGAUCCUAUAUUUUUGACCACAGAAGCAUCUUCAGAAGGGGGCUUUUAUGCUAUAAAUAGACGUGGCCAGGUGUUGCUCGCUACUGUGAAUGAAGCAACCAUUGUACCUUUUGUUAGUGGCCAGUUAAAUAAUUUGGAACUUGCUGUUAGUCUUGCUAAAAGAGGAAACCUCCCUGGUGCAGAAGAAUUGGUUGUUAAGCGUUUUCAAGAAUUAUUUGCUCAGACCAAGUAUAAGGAAGCUGCAGAGCUUGCUGCACAAUCGCCACAAGGAGUACUUCGUACUCCUGACACUGUUGCUAAAUUUCAGAGUGUACCUGUGCAAGCUGGGCAAACACCACCGCUGUUGCAAUACUUUGGAACUCUGUUAACCAUGGGAAAACUGAAUGCUUUUGAGUCACUGGAACUUUCACGGCUUGUUGUAAAUCAGAACAAAAAGAAUCUCUUAGAAAAUUGGCUAGCAGAGGAUAAACUUGAAUGCAGUGAGGAGCUAGGUGACCUUGUGAAGACAGUGGAUAAUGACCUUGCAUUGAAAAUUUAUAUCAAAGCUAGAGCCACACCGAAAGUUGUUGCAGCUUUUGCAGAGAGGAGGGAAUUUGAUAAGAUCCUGAUAUAUUCUAAGCAGGUUGGAUACACACCUGAUUAUAUGUUCCUUCUUCAAACAAUUUUACGAACUGACCCCCAGGGUGCUGUAAAUUUUGCUCUGAUGAUGUCUCAAAUGGAAGGAGGAUGCCCCAUUGACUACAACACCAUAACAGAUCUCUUUCUUCAGAGGAAUUUGAUCCGUGAGGCAACAGCCUUUUUGUUGGAUGUACUGAAGCCAAAUCUUCCUGAACAUGGAUAUCUUCAAACAAAGGUUCUGGAAAUUAAUCUUGUGACCUUUCCAAAUGUUGCUGAUGCUAUAUUGGCCAAUGGCAUGUUCAGUCAUUAUGAUCGCCCACGUAUUGGACAACUAUGUGAAAAGGCUGGCCUGUUCAUACGGGCUCUUCAGCAUUAUACUGAGUUGCCUGACAUCAAACGUGUCAUUGUGAAUACACAUGCCAUUGAGCCACAGGUUUUGAUUGCAACUGCUCAAAUGACAAUCUAUUAUAUAUAUAUAUAUAUAUAUAUAUAUAUUGUAUUCUUACAAUAUGAUUAUAAUGUAUUUCAGGGUUUAGUUGAGUUCUUUGGAACCCUUUCUCGAGAAUGGGCACUUGAGUGUAUGAAAGAUCUUUUACUUGUCAAUCUUAGGGGCAAUCUUCAAAUAAUUGUGCAGACUGCUAAGGAAUAUUCUGAGCAGUUGGGUGUUGAUGCAUGCAUUAAACUCUUUGAACAAUUCAAAUCCUAUGAAGGAUUAUACUUUUUCUUGGGUGCAUACUUGAGCUCCAGUGAGGAUCCUGAUAUUCACUUCAAGUACAUUGAGGCCGCUGCUAAAACUGGGCAAAUUAAGGAGGUAGAGCGCGUUACUAGAGAAUCAAACUUUUAUGAUGCGGAGAAGACAAAGAAUUUUCUUAUGGAGGCCAAGCUUCCAGAUGCACGUCCAUUGAUUAAUGUGUGUGAUCGUUUUGGCUUUGUUCCGGAUCUCACCCAUUAUCUUUAUACUAGCAACAUGCUUCGCUAUAUUGAAGGUUAUGUUCAAAAGGUCAAUCCUGGAAACGCUCCUCUAGUAGUAGGGCAGUUGUUAGAUGAUGAAUGCCCUGAAGAUUUUAUUAAAGGUCUUAUACUUUCAGUUCGUUCUCUCCUGCCAGUUGAGCCUUUAGUUGAAGAAUGUGAGAAGAGGAAUCGUCUCCGCUUGCUCACUCAAUUCUUGGAGCAUCUUGUAAGUGAAGGAAGCCAGGAUGUACAUGUACAUAAUGCCCUGGGUAAAAUCAUUAUUGACAGCAACAACAAUCCUGAGCAUUUUCUCACAACCAACCCAUACUACGAUUCUCGCGUUGUCGGUAAAUAUUGUGAAAAGCGGGAUCCGACCCUUGCUGUUGUUGCUUACCGAAGAGGGCAAUGUGAUGAUGAGCUUGUUAAUGUUACUAAUAAAAAUUCCUUGUUCAAACUUCAAGCAAGAUAUGUUGUCGAAAGGAUGGACUCCGACCUCUGGGAGAAAGUUCUUAAUCCUGAGAAUGAGUUUAGACGACUGUUGAUUGAUCAAGUGGUGUCUACUGCUUUGCCUGAAAGCAAGAGUCCUGAUCAAGUUUCAGCUGCGGUGAAAGCUUUUAUGACUGCUGAUCUUCCUCACGAGUUGAUUGAGCUUCUUGAAAAGAUUGUACUACAAAAUUCUGCUUUUAGUGGAAACUUCAAUCUGCAAAAUUUGCUGAUCCUUACUGCAGUCAAGGCAGAUCCUUCUAGAGUUAUGGAUUACAUAAAUAGGUUGGACAACUUUGACGGGCCUGCAGUAGGGGAGGUGGCUGUGGAAGCACAACUAUAUGAAGAGGCAUUUUCUAUUUUCAAGAAAUUUAAUUUGAAUGUUCAGGCUGUUAAUGUCCUGCUGGAUAACCUUCAGACUAUUGAUCGUGCUGUGGAGUUUGCUUUCCGGGUUGAAGAAGAUGCUGUUUGGAGCCAGGUGGCUAAAGCACAACUUAGAGAAGGCUUAGUGAGUGAUGCAAUUGAGUCAUUCAUUCGUGCAGAUGAUUCAACUCAUUUCUUAGAGGUUAUAAAGGCUGCUGAAGAUGCAGAUGUAUACCAUGACCUGGUAAAGUAUCUUCUCAUGGUUAGGCAGAAUACCAAAGAGCCCAAGGUGGACAGUGAGCUCAUCUAUGCUUAUGCUAAGAUUGAACACCUUGGAGAAAUUGAAGAAUUUAUACUGAUGCCAAAUGUUGCCAAUUUACCAAAUGUUGGAGACCGCUUGUAUGAUGAGGCUUUGUAUGAGGCUGCCAAAAUUAUAUUUGCUUUUAUUUCUAACUGGGCUAAGUUGGCAGUCACAUUGGUGAAGCUUAAACAGUUCCAAGGUGCUGUUGAUGCUGCCAGGAAAGCAAAUAGUUCAAAAACAUGGAAGGAAGUUUGUUUCGCCUGUGUCGAUGCUGAGGAAUUCCGCUUAGCUCAGAUUUGUGGUCUCAAUGUCAUCAUUCAGGUGGAUGAUUUGGAGGAGGUUAGCGAGUACUAUCAGAACAGAGGAUGCUUCAAUGAACUCAUAUCUCUAAUGGAGAGUGGGUUAGGAUUGGAGCGUGCACAUAUGGGUAUCUUUACUGAGUUGGGAGUUCUGUAUGCAAGAUAUCGUCCUGAGAAGCUAAUGGAACACAUUAAGUUGUUCUCAACUCGGCUUAAUAUUCCAAAGCUUAUUCGAGCAUGUGAUGAACAACAGCAUUGGAAAGAACUUACAUACCUAUACAUCCAAUAUGAUGAGUUUGAUAAUGCUGCAACCACCGUAAUGAAUCACUCUCCAGAAGCAUGGGACCACAUGCAAUUCAAAGAUGUGAUAGUUAAAGUUGCAAGUGUGGAGCUGUACUAUAAGGCUGUUCACUUCUACUUCAAAGAGCAUCCAGAUGUAAUAAAUGAUAUGCUAAAUGUGAUUGCUCUUCGUGUGGACCAUACUCGUGUAGUAGAUAUAAUGCGGAAGGCUGGCCACCUUAGAUUAGUUAAGCCGUACAUGGUUGCAGUUCAAAGCAACAAUGUGUCCGCUGUCAAUGAAGCUUUGAAUGAAAUUUAUGUUGAGGAAGAAGACUACGACAGACUCCGAGAAUCAAUAGAUUUGCAUGACAACUUUGAUCAGAUAGGUCUUGCACAGAAGAUUGAGAAGCAUGAACUUCUUGAGAUGAGGCGUGUAGCUGCCUACAUUUACAAGAAAGCAGGAAGAUGGAAGCAAUCCAUUGCUUUGUCAAAGAAAGACAAUCUUUACAAGGACUGUAUGGAAACAUGCUCUCAAUCUGGUGACCGUGAACUUUCAGAAGAUUUGCUUAUCUACUUUAUUGAGCAGGGAAAGAAAGAGUGUUUUGCAUCAUGCCUCUUUGUCUGUUAUGAUAUUAUACGGCCAGAUGUUGCUCUUGAGCUAUCUUGGAUGAACAAUAUGAUUGAUUUUGCUUUUCCAUAUCUCUUACAGUUUAUUCGAGAGUAUACAGGCAAGGUAGAUGAGCUUAUCAAGGACAAAAUUGAAGCACAAAAUGAGGAGAAAGCUAAGGAAAAGGAGGAGAAGGAAGUACUUGCUCAGCAGAAUAUGUAUGCCCAGUUGCUACCGCUUGCUUUGCCAGCACCUCCUAUGCAAGGAAUGGGGGGAGGCUAUGCCCCUUCCCCACCACUACCUAUGGGUGGAAUGGGGAUGCCACCAAUGCCUCCUUUUGGUAUGCCUCCAAUGGAUGGGGGCUACUGAUCUCCCUAUUUACUGGUGAAACUUGAUAGUUUAGCAUCUCUCAUUUUUUGCUUUCAAGGUGACUAUCUUAAGGUUAAAGAGUUUGACGUGGUGGCACCAAGCAUCAGUCUUCUAGUCUGUUACUACUUUCCAAUGAUUGCGGUUUUUUUCAAUGAAAGUUUUCCGAGUCAUGUAUUUUGUUUGUUCUUUCUUUUUGGAUUGUUUGAUCAUUCUUGUGAGAGCCAAGAUGGCCAAAUGAUCCUGCUUGUAUCUUUUCGAGGCAUUGGCUUGGUUGCAGCCGUAUAGUUUAUUUUCUCUAAUUAUUAUUUGUUUCCAUAGCUGUGAAGUCAUAAAUGUUAUUACUCUGAUUAGGACUUAAAAUUCUUGUUCUUUCCUGGUAUAUAAACUUUCAUAUAAUAUUUAAAGUGAUCUCUUACUGUA